UGACGUUUACAUAUGCGACGAGUGGUGUGACAGGCACGCGACAAAACACACUGAAGGCGUUCGAAGCAAAAAUUCGAGCUUUCUAGUUUGUGUGAAAAAAAAAGUGUUAAAAAGAGUGAAAGGCUUGAACUGCAGCGAGUGUGAGGGGGCGUCUCGAGGGUUUACUGAGGACUUGUCUUCCGCUUUCUCGGCUGACUAGAUAGGGGUGAGGGAAGGCUACCAUGUAGACGCGUCAGAAGAAGAAUGAGUGGUCAAUUCUUUCCCAGAGAGGACACAGACGACCACACGGUCCAACAGGAAAAUGAGUUGGAGGCGCUCGCAUCUAUUUUUGAGAAAGACUUCCAGGAUCUGCGCCAAAAGGAUCCGUGGAAGGUGAAAAGACCUCCUGAGGUGCAUCUCUGUUUGCGCCCUAAAGGCCUGAACUACGGCCAGGAAUGUUAUGUGACUGUAGAGCUUCAGGUCAAAUGUCCAUCAAACUACCCAGACGUGCCUCCAGAGCUGGAGCUGUUGAAUGUCAAAGGUCUGUCAAAUGAUCAUCUGCAGACCCUCCAGAGCGAACUCACCAAGAUGGCAGCGGCACGAUGCGGAGAGGUGAUGAUUUACGAGCUGGCAGACCACAUCCAGGGAUUCCUAAGCGAGCACAACAAACCUCCCCCGCGCUCCUUCCAUGACGAGAUGCUGAAGAAUCAUCGCAGACAACAGGAGAAACGAGACCUGGAGGAGCAGCAGAAGAGAGACCAGCGGCGUAAGCAAGAGGAGGACAUGGAAAAAGAAAUAAUGGCUGAAAUCCAGAGACGAGAGGAAGAAAAACGUGAAGAAAAGAGGAGGAAGGAGAUUGCCAAACAGGAGCGACUUGAGAGCAUGGAGCUUCCAAUCACUCCUAGCAUGUUGUCAAAGAGCCCACCCAGUGAAUGUGGAACUCCUCCUGAUGUCACAGACCCCAAGAAAAUAGUCCCAAACCGCCGACGGAAUACCUCAAGUACACGUCAUAGACGUGAGACAACCAGCGAGGACAACUCACACACACAGCAGCGUCUUCAUUUCAACAGCAGCACCUUCGGGGAACUCGAUGUCCACAGAGGGAGACAUUUAGGAAUGAGUGAGAGGUUUGGCCGGAACGUUUAUAACGGGUUUGAGGUGAACUCGGGUGACUUUACGGUUAUUUAUGAGUGGUCACUGCGCUGGAACAAGAAAAUGGGCAAGUUCUUUACCAGCCUGGAGAAAGGAAAGAUCGAGAACUGCAAAAAGCAGAUCCACGCGGCCGAAAAUGAAUUCAACUCCCUCCUGCGACUCGAGCACCCGAACCUGGUGCACUACAAGGCGCUGAACUCCAGCGAGAACGAAGACUGCCUUGUAGUGGAUCUGCUGGUUGAGCAUGUGGCCGGCAUCAACUUGAACCAAAGCCUCCUCAAUCACACCCCCGUCGCUCUGGACAAACUCUGCCUUUACGCAGCCCAGCUGCUGGCAGCACUCGACUACCUGCAUUCGAACUCGGUGGUCCACAAACAAUUGGGGGCCUCCAGUGUGCUGUUGGACUCUGAGGGCAAUGUUCGACUGACCGAUUACAGUUUAUCCAAGAGAUUCUCCGAUAUCUGCAAAGAAGAUAUUUUCGAUCAGGCGCACGUGCACGUGCGUUUCUCUGAGGACACUGCGAUGCCUUCCAAGACGGGCAAAAAGGGAGACGUGUGGAACUUGGGGCUGAUGCUGCUGGCUCUAAGUCAAGGCAAUGAGGUGAAGGAGUAUCCCGUGAAGGUGCCUUGCAACCUGCCCGCUGACUUCAGGGAUUUUCUCCAUAAGUGCGUCUGCCUGAACGAUGUCGAUCGAUGGACAACCCAACAACUCUUGGACCACAACUUCAUUAAGCCUCCGUCACCUAGAAACCAGCCCCAGUUCCAGGAUAGCAGCCCAGAAGAUCUUGCUGUGGACAUUGCAUCAUCUGUGAUCCCACGUAGUCAUGUCCUCAACGCUCCAUUCACUUCUGGAAUUCAGAGACAGUUUUCUCGCUACCUCAAUGAGUUUAAGGAACUCCAACAUUUGGGGAAAGGGGCAUUCGGUGCUGUGAUUAAGGUUCAGAACAAUCUCGAUGGUUGCUACUAUGCUGUGAAGCGCAUCCAGGUCAACCCCGCCAGCAAGCAAUUCAGACGCAUCAAAGGCGAAGUGACGCUGCUGUCGCGUCUCAACCAUGAGAACAUCGUGCGCUACUACAACGCGUGGAUCGAGAGGUGCGAAAUGCCAGUGGCGGGGAUGCCGAGCAACACCGAUAGCUCCGAGCCUCCGAGCACUGCCGACAGGCCGCCUCCGGUCAGGAAAGCUCUCCCCCGACUCAACGAGCUGGGCCUUGCUGAUGACGUGGAAGACAUUGCGCCACCUCCAGCCCUGUCUAGUUCAGUGGAAUGGUCCACGUCUAUUGAGAGGUCUUCGAGUGCUAAAUGUGUUCGGCACCAGUCGAGUGAUGAGGAGGACGACGAUGAUGAGGAUGAUGACGUGUUCGGAGCUUCUUUUUUGCCAUCAGAUGACUCCAUCAUCGAUGUCAUCUUUGACAACGGCGGCGAUAGCACAGAUGAAAUGUCGCAGGGAGAGCCAAGCAAAGGACUGGUGAAUGAAACAACGGAAAGUGCGGACUCUGAUCGACCCUUUGUCACAGUGCAUCACUUGUACAUACAAAUGGAAUACUGUGAAAAAAGCACUUUGCGUGACACAAUCGACCAAGGUCUGCAUAAUGACCAGAAUCGACUCUGGAGGCUCUUCAGGGAAAUCCUAGACGGUCUUUCUUACAUCCACCAACAGGGGAUGAUUCACAGGGACCUGAAGCCUGUCAAUAUCUUCCUUGACUCCCAAGAUCAUGUGAAAAUCGGUGAUUUUGGCCUGGCUACGGACCAUCCGGCCACUGUGGAUGCAGGUACAUUUGAAGUGGAGGAGAGUGGCUCUGCAGCACUGCAAAAACUGGACCCGGCAGGAAAUUUGACCGGUAUGGUUGGUACAGCCCUCUACGUUAGUCCAGAAGUUCAAAGAAAUACCAAAGCUAGCUACAAUCAAAAAGUUGAUUUGUUCAGCCUGGGUAUCAUCCUCUUCGAGAUGUCUUACCGGCCGAUGAUUACUGGGGCUGAGCGCAUUUCUGUCCUGAGCCAGCUUCGUGUGGAGGCCAUUCACUUCCCUGACGACUAUAGUACAUAUGAGCAAGGAACGCAGAGGAAAGUGAUAGAAUGGCUUCUGAAGCAUGACCCCGCGCUGCGACCCACCGCCCAGGAGCUGCUCAAAAGCGAACUGCUGCCGCCGCCCCAGAUGGAGGAGUCGGAGCUGCAUGAAGUGUUGCAGCACACCAUGGCCAAUAUCAAUUGCAAAGCUUACCGCAGCAUGGUGGCCCAGUUGUUUGCUCAGAUUAAUUCGCCAGUCAUGGAUUUCACCUACGAUAUAGACCUUCACAAGGGAAGCUUCAGCUUCAGCAGCGCCAAAUUGCAGCAGUAUGUGUAUGAGACGAUCACCAGGAUUUUCAAGAAGCACAGUGCAGUACGCCUGCAGACACCGCUGCUGCUUCCCAGACACAGAAAGCUCUGUGAAGGCAGCGAGCCGGCCUGCUUCAUGGAUCACAGUGGCAUGCUGGUGACGCUGCCCUACAACCUUCGAAUGGCGUUUGCGAGAUAUGUCGCCCGAAACAACAUAACCCAUCUAAAGAGGUACAGCAUCGAUCGUGUCUUCAGGCCCAGGAAGCUGGAUCGCGCCCACCCAAGGGAGCUUCUCGAGUGUGGCUUUGACAUCAUCACACCAGUCACCAACAGCCUGCUCCCAGAUGCCGAGUCCAUUUACACAAUCUCUGAAAUAGUUCAGGAAUUCCCUGCACUUCAGGAGAGGAAUUACAACAUUUAUCUGAACCAUACUAGUUUACUGAAGGCCAUCCUGCUUCACAGCGGAAUCCCCGAGGACAAACUGAACCAGGCCUCCAACAUACUGUGUGACGCCAUGAGUGAAAAGCUGACCAAACGUGAGCUACAGGCAAAGUUCUGCAACUUUUCACUGUCGACAAACAGCUUGCAGGUGUUGUACAAGUUCAUAGAACAGAAGGGCACGCUGAAAGAAGUGGCACCAUUACUGGCUUCACUCACCAAGCAGAAGACGGCCGUCAUGCAAUUGGCAAAGCAGGGCCUCAAGGACCUGGAGGAGGUUACGGUGCUGCUUCAAAGACUCGGAGUGAAACUGCCAGUGGUAGUCAAUUUAGGCUUGGUGUACAAGGUGCAACACCAUUCCGGAAUCAUCUUCCAGUUUGUGGCCUUCAUCAGGAAGCGCAAUCGAAUUGUACCAGACAUACUGGCAGCUGGAGGGCGCUAUGACAACCUGAUCCUGGAAUUUCGUGGGCCCGCCUCCACAGUGCCAGUACCCUCUGCCGUGGGCGCCAGCGUGGCGUUUGACAAAGUGUGUGCCGUGGUGGCCGGCAUGGCGGAGCCACCGUCAUUAAGUUCUUGUGAUGUCCUCGUGGUCCCCGUGGGACAUUCAUCCAUGUCCAGAGCCAUCGGUGUCCUCCAGAAGCUGUGGAGCAGCGGUGUCACCGCAGACAUUGCCUACGAUGUCUCACAGUCUCAGGAGACGUUGAUGGAACACUGCCGGGUGGCUGGCAUCACGUGCAUGGCCAUGGUAUCCGACAAAGAGGGGAACUACGUGAAGGUCAAAUCCUUUGAGAAGGACAGGCAGUCCGAGAAAAGGGUUCUUGAGUUUGAAGUGGUGGAGCACAUCAUUCAGAAAUUUCGGACCAAAUUCGUAGAGGAAAGAUACAUCAGGGAAAUAUCUGAAAGCAUGGGCCAGAACCCCAAAGGCUCCCAGCUCAACACCACAGGAUCUUCUGAGCAGCACGGGAGCAGCUGCGGCAUGAAUAUGAAUGUGAAUGUCAUCAGUUUGGAGAAAUUGUCUUCCAGUGCGAGACGCCGCUUUGAGACUCAGAUCCACACAAGAUUACAGACUCUUGCAAACAGUUUGCAAAACAAGAGCAGUGACAUCGAAGUUCUGGCAGUGGACCUUCAGAAGGAAACACUGAUCAACUUCCUGUCUCUGGAGUUUGAGAAUGAGGAGCAGUACAACAGCAGCGUGAAGACUCUGCUUUCCCGGCUCCCCAAGCAGCGCUACCUGAAGUCCAUCUGUGAUGAGAUCCACACUUUUAAAAUGACCAAGAGGGUGGCUGUGGUGGUCUUGUACAGCUUGAAGGAUGACUACUACAAGACUCUCGUGUGAAAACCAUUCUGUUCCCUGACCCGGACCACUUCCUGCUGCCGGCUCGGGAAAUAUUCACCUUGAAUUGUGUGCUCUUAUGUCGACAAGCACUAGCCCAAAAGACACUCUCGCUACCUUCAUCAUACCUCAGCUUUGAUGAAACUGUAGCACCCGGCCGGGCACAAGAAGGUUUGUGGACUUCAACAUUGCCUUAAUGCUUGAGUAGGUGUUUUUUAUUUUUAAACUGACAACAGUAUUUUCUUGUAAUAAAGAGUGGGACUGAUAGUAGGAAUAAACCCUUUCUUCACA